AUGUGGCUGCUUGAGCCAGCAACCUCGAACCUGGAAUCCUACUAGUGUUGUCCAAAGUCCAAACAAUGGAAAGGGGCAGCGAAGAGAGUAAGGAAGGUUUGAAUAAUAACGGCACUGCUUCAGAUUUACCCCUCGAUCCUCGCGGCAACUUGAAAAUCGCUUCCACCGACCAACAACUCACCGACUUUCUUCUUCACAUCAAAUCCUCCAAAACUCCUGCUGUUAUCAAUUAUGGCGCGUCUUGGUGUCGCGUGUGCAGUCAAAUCCUGCCUGCUUUCUGUAGACUGAGCAAUAAUUUCCCGAAGCUUUCUUUCAUAUACGCGGAUAUUGAUGAAUGCCCGGAAACAACUCAACACAUUCGAUACACCCCGACCUUCCAAUUCUUCCGAGAUGGUGAAAAGGUCGAUGAGAUGUUUGGUGCUGGAGAGGAGAGAUUGCAUGAUCGCCUGUGGUUGCACUCGUAAAAAAAUAAGACAGUCGUUCUACAACAUAUUUGUUUGUAUCAUUUAAACUGUGAUUAGAAGAAGCAGCUUUUUCUGAAGAUUAUUGUCACAAUUCUUUAAUCUUCUGUCAGUGGAGAAUUUGUUGGCAAUUUCUCUCAUUAUGCGUCAUGUAAGUGGUGAAUUGGAAUUUGGAAAAGUCAUAUAAAUGGUA